UAAACAGUUGCGUCUCGCGACAAUCCCAAAGUGACCUUUUCCCCCCUCAGGAAUCCAACGCACGCUAGGGCCAGUGGGAGGGGCAGGUUUGGUGAGGAUGGUGGAUGGGAAGAAAACGCACCUCCUUCCCUACCUUGCGCGCACCCUACACUGGCUGCGCGCGCACCUGCCUCCCUAAGGAGCUGCUGUUGCCACAAGGGCUCUUUUUAUCCUUCUUUAAAGCGAAGAAAUAGCCUGGGCGUCCUUCCGCCUCCACCUCGACCCCACUUUCCUGUCUCUGGCCUUCUUGUUACCAGCGCCGCCGGGUCUUGCGGAGAAAAGGGGAGAAUAUUUUGAGCUGUCGCUUCUCCUUUAAGAAAAAAAGCCCCGUCCGUUGCCGGAUGAAAGUCCCUGAAAAAAAUGGCGGCGGUAGGGCAGAGGCGGGGCUAUUGGGGCAGAGAGGAACCGCCCUUCGGCGCAAGCGUACGGCUAAGUUAGCCAAGGGCAACUUGGGAGAUGAAGUUCUGAACUGACAUUCUGCGUCGGGAAGAGUUAGGAAACUCCAGGCCAAGAGGACGCUGGGAGUACUCGGCAGAUUGGUGAUGGGAAAGAUGCCUUAUUGGAGGAACUGGAGCGCUCCACUCUCCAGGAUAGUGAUGAAUAUUCUAACCCUGAUCCUGUUCCCCUGGGUCAGCAUUCCAUAAGAGAGAAUAGCAUGAUGGAGACUUCAAAGGGUAACACAAGUCCCUUGAAGGUACAGCUCGUGUAUACUACCAAUAUCCAGGAUCCCAAUGUCUACAGUGAGGUCCAAGAACAAAGGGAAUCACCAGCACCUCCUAAAACCUCAGCAGCUGCUCAGUUGGAUGAGCUCAUGGCCCACCUGAGUGAAAUGCAGGCCACGGUUGCAGUGAAAGCAGAUAUCAGCAAGAGGCACUUACCAGACAAACAGGAUCACGAAGCCUCCUUGGACUCAAUGCUUGGGGGUUUGGAACAGGAAUUGCAGGACCUUGGGAUUGCCACAGUGCCCAAGGGCCAUUGUGCUUCCUGCCGGAAACCGAUUGCUGGAAAGAUGAUCCAUGCUUUAGGACAAUCCUGGCAUCCAGAGCACUUUGUCUGUACUCACUGCAAAGAAGAGAUUGGUCCCAGUCCCUUCUUUGAGCGGAGUGGCUUGGCCUACUGCCCCAAGGACUACCACCAGCUUUUUUCUCCACGCUGUGCCUACUGUGCUGCUCCCAUCCUGGAUAAAGUACUGACAGCAAUGAACCAGACCUGGCACCCAGAGCACUUCUUCUGCUCUCACUGUGGUGAGGUGUUUGGUGAAGAAGGCUUUCAUGAGAAGGACAAGAAGCCAUAUUGUCGAAAGGAUUUCUUAGCCAUGUUCUCACCAAAGUGUGGUGGCUGCAACCUGCCAGUGUUGGAAAACUACCUUUCAGCCAUGGACAAUGUCUGGCACCCAGAGUGCUUUGUGUGUGGGGACUGCUUCAGCAGUUUUUCUACUGGCUCCUUCUUUGAACUGGAUGGACGUCCAUUCUGUGAGCUCCAUUAUCAUCACCGCAGAGGAACUCUCUGCUACGGAUGUGGGCAGCCCAUCACUGGCCGCUGCAUCAGUGCCAUGGGGCACAGGUUCCAUCCUGAGCACUUCGUAUGUGCUUUCUGCCUGACACAGCUGUCCAAGGGCAUCUUCAGGGAGCAGAAUGACAAGACCUAUUGCCAAUCCUGCUUCAACAAGCUCUUCUCACUGUAAUCUUACCUCUCCACAUCCUCUUCAGAUUGCCUACAAAAUUUUAAGCCAAGAUAGGAAACAGUACAUUUGCUGUUAUUGACCUGCUCAGUAGGUUUGUAGAGAAUGUAAAGGUGAUGAGCAAAUAAGGGAACUUCUAGAUGAUAUAUAACUAACUUGGUAAUUUUAUUUUUUAAGCUCUACUCUUACUUUAUUUUAAAAAUCAUACACUUAGAUUUAGAGCUAGGUUCUGCUGUCUGGUCCUUCUGCUGGUGUAUUUUGCACAUGUGAAGUUCACUUCACCACUGGUUUUCUCUUCCUCCAUUUUCACCUUUUUUGAUGGUCCUGUUCAGAUCUUUUUCUAUGACCCUCAGAAUCAUUGUUCAAGCUUCCCUUAUUUCCCUGUGGCUCACUGUCCCAUUAUCACUGCUACGACUUUCUCUUUGCUUAGGAAUCAUAGUAAUUACCUUUAAGCUCUUUGCAUCUCCCUUCAAUGUAUUUCUCUUUUUUAAGAGGAAGUUGAAUUUAACUGACAUCUUUGAUAAAUAAAAUGGCUUGUGGUUUUAAUGACUCAUUGUCAUAUUACUUGGUAGAUUUUCUGCUUCCUAUGUUAAGUAGACAUUAUUUGAAGUUAAAUUUGUAUCUUCUUUUUUCUUUCCAUAUAACAGACAUUUGUUUUGUAAAUUAGAAAAAAUUAAAAGGAGAGACUCUUAUUCACUAACUCUUCUCUUUACUUUUGGGCCCAUAACCAUUUAUUUUGGGAUUUGGAGUUAGAGCAUUGAAUCAUCUUAAAAGGUGGCAAAGCUUCUUAAAACUUUUUAUCACUUUAUUUACAUAAAGAGAAAAUGUGGCUCUC